UACUCGAUCCUCUUUGAUCCCAAAGUUUUCAUUUCUUUUAAUUAUAUUUGUUGCAGGAUAUUAAAACCAGUGAUUUCUAGGGUUUGAUUUGAUUAAGACACGAUCGCAGAGAAAGUAGAAUCAAUCGUGGAAGAAGGGAAGGGAAGGGAAGGGAUAUUCGAAACCCUAAUUUCGAUCGUAUCCCCAACUUUUUUCUGAUUCAGUGAGAGUUUGAAAUCAAAGUUUGAUUUUUUCUCUUCUGGGUUUCGACCUGAUGGGUUUCUUAAAGAAGUUAACGGGGAUUUUCGGGUUCGGGCACAACGAUGGUGGGCACGGAGCUGCGAGAGAUGAAGAUGGUGGAGGGGAUAACACUGGAUCAGUCUCUGAGGACGGAGAUAAACGCCGGGAGGGUAAUCAGCCGAGGUUCCGCGAUACCGGACUUCCAAGGAGAGGUUUUGGAGUACCGGUUCAAGUCGCCGUUGAACGGUCUAAUGCUGCUCCUAUUCUUCAGCCUUGUGCUGCUUCUGACGGUGGAGUUCAGGGACUACGAUGGUACUCAAUGCGGCUAAGGAUUGAUGAAGAUGGAGAUGUUGCAGAUGAGUUCUUGGAAGAUGAUAACUGUAAGACUUUGCCCAGAAAAUGCAAAACAAAAGCUGCAAAAGUGAGAGGUUUAGUGAUAUCUUCUGAUGGGAAACUUCAGCCAUUAAUGCAUUGAACAGUGAACACCAAGGAUAAAUAUUUACUGAUUAGUGUGUGAUUGAAUCAAAGAAAGGUUAGAAUCUGGUUUUCAUUUAGCAAUUCAAUCUCGAUAUAAAAUCGAUUAGAUUCUGGUUGUUGAUACUUGAGAACUUGAAAUGUUUUGUAACUGUGAAUUUUGUUUUUGAAAAUAGACAAGUGAAUUGUGUGAAAACGUGUGAGCAAUUGUUGGAGGUGUGUAGCACGACAAGUUGUAUACAGGACCUCUUAUUUAGCUAAAAGAUUAUGUUCUUAGUUGUUUA